GCAUCGCAGUGUUCAGGAGAAGGACACAUUCGCUCGAAAGAUGAAGGCUCUGGUGAUUCUGGUCGCUGUAUCCUGUUGCUCAGCACAGCUGGUGCUGCCGUACGCGGCGCCCUGGGUGCUGCCUCAAGCGAAGCUGAUCACUACCCCUGAGGUCAAGACUGACCUCAAGACCGUUCCUUUGGUCUCCCCUUAUGCCCACCCCUUCGGACAUCCCUUCGUGGCUUCCCCCUAUGCCUUCCACCACGCUGCCUACCCCUAUGGAGCCUACCCCUACAUCCUCAACGCCGAUGAUACUCUCAAGGCCACAGAGUUCCCCUACAUUUACCAAAAGCCAGAACAGGAGCCAGCUGUAGAAGAGGCACGUCGUCGUCGCCGCGACGUCGAGAUCCCCCUCCCAUACCUUCACGCCGUGCCCACCGUCACCAAGCACACUGUGGAGACCAAGCAGUUCGAGCCGAUCGACGCCAACACCCCUGCCGACACCACCAAGAUCGAGCUCACCACCAAGGAGCACGAGAUCUCCGUGCCCGCCGUCAAGUACGUGCAGCCCGUCGUCAACGUCAAGCCCGUCACCUACACUGCUCUCUCCCACGCCGUCCUUCCCUACUCCCACGCCCUUCCUUACACCCACGCCCUUCCUUACACCCACGCCCUUCCUUACACCCACGCCCUUCCUUACACCCACGCCCUUCCCUACGCCCAUGCUCUUCCAUACGCUCACUACCCUGGCCUCGUCGGCGCCCCCGUCAUCAAGCUUAACGAGGAGUAACUCCAACUUUCCUGUCGUCCUUAAUCUUCCUCACAAAAAAACGACACUCCGAUGGAAAUUCAUCUGUUGGAUUCGUGUCCGAAUCAAACAUACACGAUGUGGUUACCUAUCUGAGUGAAAUGAAAGAAAAUAAAGUUCAGAUAACAGUUCCCGAAAAUGCUAAAUAAAAAAAGUGUUGAAAAUUACAAAUACUCGAGAACAAAAACAUCCUUUUUCGAAAUAAAAUCAUUAAAAUCA